CUCCGCGUAUUUUACAAACUGGGGAAGUAGCUGCUGCAGGACCCCGGCGAGUCUGGGAAAAACGAAGGAAGUGGGAGCCGUCCUGGGGUGCCCGAGACGCCGACAUGACCUCCCUCCAAGCCAGAAAGGAUUCUGCCCCCCGGGGUGGAUCCCCCACCCCUAGCAAGAUCCCCGUGCGCCCUCACAGACGCCCGCCGCUCUCCGCAGUCAAGCCCGGCGCGGUGGACCAAGAGAACCAAGACCCAAGGAGACCGGUGCGAAAGCUCAGUAGUCAGCACUUCCUCCGUGACGCAGCAGACCCCAGGCCAAAAGCUACACACCAAACAGAGAAAUCCGAGCGAUUGGGGGCCAGCACUCAGCACCGGAACCCCUUGGAAGAGCUCAGGCCCAGUCCUGGGGGACAAAGUGUGGGGCCUGGGCCUGCUCCCCAGACAGAGGCUCCAGGGGCCAUAGAGUUCGUGCCUGACCCAGCAGCCCUGGCCACCAUCCUAUCAGGCGAGGGGGUAAGGAUCUGUCACCUUGGGCGCCAGCCUAGUCUGGCCCAGAGAGUACUGAUUCGAGAGAGCCAGGGAGGCAGCAUCCGGAGAGGCCAGGGUGCCCGGGCCUCUGCAUAUUUGGCCCCCAGAACUCCUAUGCACCGACUGAACCCUGCCAGGGCUUCCUGCUUCUCUAGGCUGGAGGGACCAGGCCCCCGCAACCAGACCUUGUGCCCCCAGAGGUCAGAGGUACUUAGUCAGAGUCCAUCUACAGGGACUUCCUUCCACCCCUCUACUCACCCCCGUUUCCAGGACCUAAGAAGAGAGACAAGUGUCAGCAGUCGGACCUCAGUGAGCCAGGCCUCAGGAUUGCUCCUGGAGACCCCAGUCAAGCCUGCUUCUUCUUUCCCGGGAAGAGAACAUGAAAUUGUCACUCACUCAGAUGAAGGAGGGGGACCCCUCGGUCUGGCCCAGCGGGUACCAUUAAGAGACAGCCGAGACUCCCGCCUGAUGCCUUCCCCUGGCCAUGCGGUGCCACCUUCCGUCUCCCGUCCAUCACUCUUUGGACAGGCUCAGCGUGUACCCUCCCCCAGCCCCUCAACCCGGAUCUCAUAUUCAGUGUUGAGGCGUCUUGCCAGUCACUCCAAAGCCCAGCUCACACCCAUCCCACAAGCACCCAGAGUUCAGCAGGCCCAGGGGUUGAGCGGCCUCUCCCCGCAGUCUUGCCCUGAAGAGUCUUCCGUGCCAUGGGAUCAGAUUUCCAUACGGUUAUUUGACCAGGAGAGUGGCAUCAGGUUGCAGGAGGGGCCUGGGGAACCACCUGUGGCAACUCUUUGUAGCCCCCACUCCGGUAGGAUUUCCAACCUUCAGAUGCGGAAGAUGCAGCGCAUCAAUAUUCUGCAGCAGCUUUUGCAACAGGAGGUAGAGGGGCUGGCAGCAGACAAAUGUGCCCCUCUGGAUAUGGUUGAACUGCAGCCCAUGCUGACUGAGGUUUCUAGAACUCUGAAUGCCCCAGAACCUAAAUCUGGGCCUUUCCAUGUUCCUGAACUGUUACAGCACUCUGGGCUGCCAAAGCCCUGCCUUUUAGAGGAGUGUGAGGAACCACAUCCUGGCCCUGGAACAGAGCCUGAGGUGGCUCAGCCCUGUCCUGUACCAGAGCCAGACCCCCCCGAGUCCUGCCGCAGAAGGGAGUCUGAGAUUCCAGAGCCCUCUGCCCAGGAACAGCCUGAGGAAUCAGAACCCUAUCCUCCAGUAGAGCCUGGAUCCCUUCAGGCCUGCACUCCGGGGCAGACUGAACUCCCAAAGCCCUCCUCUAAGCUAGAGCCUGGGGCGUCAGAGGCCUGCUCCCUGAAACCUAGCAAUCCAGAAUCCAGCCCACAGCUCUGCUGCAAUCAGUGGGCUCCAACAACCACCAGCCUGACCUCUCAAAACCCAAUUCGUACCAGUCCCCCUAACCACGCAUUCCAGUCUCCAAGACCUCCAACAGGUCAGCCAGGCUCCAGCAAUCUGGCCCCUAGAACCCUGGGCCUGAGGCAGCGCCUCAAGGCCUGUCUGACCACUAUCCGCUGCUUCCAUGAGAUCUGCCUGGAUGACGAGUGUGCCUUUUACACCAGCCGAGCCCCUCCCUCAGGCCCCAGCCGGGUCUGCACCAACCCCGUGGCCACAUUACUUGAAUGGCAAGAUGCCCUGUGUUUUAUUCCAGUCAGUUCUGCUGCCCCUCAAGAUUCUCCAUCAUGAGGCCUCUGCCUUCACCCACUCCUGCCCUGCCCUGCUCCUUCCUUUUAGCUCUUAUUUAUUGUUGGCCCAAACCACUGACUGGAAGCCGACACCCUUUUGUCCUUCAAUAAAGUUUCUAAAGUAUCAAAAUGUAUUGUUUCUUUCUGAUCUGACCCAGUGGCCUGCUGCUGCCAGUGCCCACA